AUGGCAUAUAUUCGUUUGUUGAUGUCCGAAUUGAGAUCUAACGAACUAAGAAAGAUUUUAGAAGGUAUUAACCAAAACAAAUUUGGUCCCAAUUAUAUUGUAAAAAAGAGGAUUUUGGACCUGUUUAAUGGUCCUCGUACAUCAUUAAUGCAAGAGUUAGAACAACAAGUUCUACUCAUCCAUUUAUCAAAACAAAGUGAAAUGCAACAACCGCAGCAUGGACGGAUUAAAAGAAUAAAGAAACUUUUACAAAAAUAUCAACAAAAUUCUAUUGAAACUACAAAUCAAACCAUACGUUUUUCACAUAAUUUACCAUUCUUUAGGACCAUACAUUCAUUAUUAAAUCCUAUUCACUGCAAGGGUAAUAAUAUUAGUACUUUCUACUUAACUAAGCUGCGUAAAAUAAAAGAUAUUCCAAAUUACAUUGAAAAAUCAUGGGAUUCUGAAAGAAAAGAAUAUAAAAUUCAAAUAGUUUUAAGAUUGGAACAAGUUGGACAUACAACCAUUGUUAAUGGACGUUUACCUUCUAAUAUUCAUGUUUCUGUAAAUAACUAUGAUUGUAAGUUACCUAAGUUAAUCUUUCCAGAAACUGGCGAUCCUACUCCAUGGAGAUUGAAUGUCCCUAUAGAUAUAACUAAACAAAUCAAUUUUAAAAAAAAUAAACACACAUUAAAAAUCACGUAUUCAAAUGAUCCACAUACUUAUGUAGCUGGUGUUUUUUUAUCCGAAAAAGUAACAUCAGAAGAUCUGCUUAAAGAGAUUAAAAAAAGAUAUUUACGUAGAUCUGAUGUAACUAAAGAAUUCAUUAAAAAUUCCCUAAAAAAUAAUGACGAUAUGAGUGUAGACUCCUUCAUUGUUUCUCUCAAAGAUCCAUUAACCACACAAAGAAUGAAAGUGCCGGCAAGAGGUAAAGAAUGUAAACAUUUGCAGUGUUUUGAUGCAAAAAAAUUUCUACAGAUGAAUGAACAAACGCAAAAAUGGGAAUGCCCAAUAUGUAAGGAACAAGUUAAAUAUGAAAACAUAGAAAUUGAUGAAUUUUUUUAUAGAAUACUUCAAAGUUCAAAAUUAAGUAAAGGAAGUGAAAAUAUUAUUUUACUUAAUGAUGGCACAUGGACUGAGAGUAAACCUAUGAAUACAUCUUUAAAUAACAAAGAAAUAAUAUCGAUAGAUUCUGAUGAAGAUAAUAUUAAUGACAAUUUUGAUAAUGAAGAGAUAGAACCAAAAUCUAAACGUUUUAAAUAUAAUCCACCAGAAGUAAAAAAAUCUAAACAUAUUGUAGAAACUGUAGAGGUUAUAAAAACAAAUGUUAUCAGUUCUACUAAAUGUGACAUUAUUAAUAAUGGGUUUACACCAUCAGCUUCAGAUAAUUCAAUUAUUAUGUUGAAUGACAUACCUGGGUCAUCAUCAAUAAUAGGAUCAAACUGUAUAUUGAAUAAUUUUAACCUUCCAAACAAUACAAACUCGGUUAAUAUUAAUGACUCUCUUGAGAGUAAAGGUAAAAAUAUUCAAGAAAAAGUGAAAUCAGUUUUAUGUGUUAUAACAUUAGAUUGA